UCCCAACUAAACAGACCUAAAAUAGCGAGAGGGAGGCUACGGAGAGGAUUCUUGAGGGGCGAGAAACAAGAAAAAGGAGAGAGAGAGAGAGAGGGUAGGGCUAAGGAUGAAGCUGUGGAAGCGAGCUGCGGCGGCUCUGAAGGACCGGAAAAGCCUCCUCACGGCCAGCCUCACGCGCCGUUCCACCGUCCAGAACCCCGACCUCGAGACGGCGGUGAUCCACGCCACCAACCACGACGAUUCGUCCGUCGAUUACAAAAACGCCCACCGCGUCUACAAGUGGAUCCGAGCCUCUCCGGCCAACCUCCGGCCCCUCGUCCACGUCCUCUCCUGCCGUGUCGACCGUUCCCGCUCAUGGGUCGUCGCCCUCAAGUCCCUCAUGCUCAUCCAUGGCGUCCUCUGCUGCAAAGUCCCUUCCCUCUCCGAAAUCCGACGCCUCCCCUUCGACCUCUCCGCCUUCUCCGACGGCCAUUCCCGUCCCAGCAAGACCUGGGGCUUCAACGCCUUUGUCCGGGCAUACUACGCGUUUCUCGACCAGUACUCUUUCUUCUUGUCUGAACAGAUUCAACGCCACCGCGAGAACAGGAAACUGGGUCAGAAAGAUUCGUCGUCCUUGUCCCAAGACCUCGAACAGAUACAGAAAUUUCAGUCUCUCCUCGAUAUUCUCCUCCAGAUCCGACCCAUGGGGGAGAAUAUGAGGAGGACGCUGAUUCUCGAGGCGAUGGAUUGCGUCGUGAUCGAGAUCACGGACAUCUACGGAAGAAUCUGCAGCUCCAUCUCCAAGAUCCUCGUCAAGAUUCAUCAGAGAGCCACGAAAUCAGAGGCUGCAACUGCACUGAAGAUCGUUCAGAAGGCCAUGUCUCAAGGGGAAGAACUCGCUCUCUACUUCGAGUUCUGCAAAGAAUUCGGAGUUUCGAACGCUCACAAGAUCCCUCAGUUCGUCCGAAUCCCGGAAGAAGAAAUUCAAACGAUCGAGAGAAUCAUCAAUGGAGCGGAAGAGAAGCCGAAGAAGGAAGAACCAGAGGAAGAGAAGGCGAUCAUACUGGUGGAAAAACAACCAGAGCUUCAAACAAUCAUCACAGACAAGUGGGAGGUUUUCGAAGAGGAGGAUUAUUAUUACAACAACAGAGGGGAAGAGACCAAAGUGACAGAUGAACAACAUCGGAAAGACGAAGACAAGAAUCUGAUGACGAUGAUGAUGAUGCCUCUUAUAGUUAUCGAUGAACCGGUUUAUAUCCAUCAUACAAUCCCAGAUUUGAUCACCUUCUAGUUACAGGUCUGGUAAAAAGUUUGAUUUUUUUUUUUCCGGUUCUACCUUUUUUUUGUCUUUGUUCAUUCUGUGAAUGAGAGUAUACUUAUACGUUAGCCCUUUCUGAAUCCUCCAAGACAAAAUCUCGCACACACGUAUACAGAUUCAGAAUGACCA